CAGCUGCGGACGAACUUAGCAGGCGCGACGAGAGAGCGCGGAGACGUGAUCCAGGGACAAACAUGUCUGUGAGCGACCCGCUGCUGAAGCAACUCAAAGACCACAUAUUCAACCUUCGUCGCCAUUGUUUGGUGUUGAACAUCGAUGACUCCAAUGGACUCCUACCCCCGUUCUGCACAACGCUGGAGCUCAUCUUCCGGAAGGGACUCCAAGUGCAAAAAAAUACUCCACUUGGCAGUUUAAGCCAAGACUACUGGAAUGUAUUUUUCGCCAUGCUGCGCUUGAAAAGACAGGACAAGUUACCGUUGCGGCUGGCUACGUCCAUUCAGACCGUCAAAGACUUCAAAAAAGUGCAAACGGCGCAAGGGAAAGGUCGACUGCUGCUCCGGGUCUUGCUCAAGCGGCGUCUGCUGCGGUCAACUGUCGCGUGCCUUCUACAAUCGCCAAGCCUUAUCGCCGUCAUGUACAGCCAGUCUGACUCAAUACUAGGGAACGAGAUACUUGCAGAAAUCCUGCUCUCACUGUUGCACGAGGUGGAUAAAAUUAACUUCAGCAUAACCCUGCGGAACGCCACCUUUCUCGACGAGACAUGGCAUCUAGGGAUGUACCACUCCUUCGAGCUCGUACCAUGCGACACCUUGGGUAUCAGCAUUGGGUUUGCCGCUCGAGUUGCUGUGGUCACACAAGUUGAAGAAGGAAGCGUCGCUGGAGAAGACGACAAAAUACAAGUAGGAGACGUGCUGGACGACUUGUACGGCGAGGCGCUGAAAGGGCGGAAGCGAGGCACAAUCUCCACGCUUCUGGACCACUUCAAGGGCAUGCCGGUGUAUGUCUCUGUUAUCAAGAGCUACCAAGCAGAUGGAACCCCGUAUCCACCAGUAGCGAAUCUCCUAAAGAGACUCCGCUUGUUGCCACCUCGUGGAAAGAAAGUACUGAGCGGCUUGUCAGAUAGGAACUCUCCCGACUUGUUUCCCGAGUCGCCAGGAGCGUCCGGGCUGCCAGUAAACACACCGCAUGAAAGUGCAGCCUAUGCAGCUGUGUAUAUUGGGAAAACGUACGUCGGAAGCGCUGGUCAUGUUUUGGAGAUCGAAAAAGCCAUCCGGGACGUCGCCUUCAAGGACACAGACACACAUGUGAAGCACAGAAUACCGGUAUGGGUCGAUGUGAGCGACUGCUACUUCAAAGUCGUCAGCCGAUUCAGCAAAGAGAUACUCCUGGAGAAGCAUUUCACUGAGAUCGCUUCGUGCGGUAAAUCAAGCAGCUUUCCUGGCAUCUUCGCCGUGGUGGCAGGUGAAACUACCUGUACGGUUUCCAAACACUUUUACAGUUACGUGUUUCAAGUCAAACAAAUGAAUAUUUGCCAAACAAUCCUGUGCAUCAUUGCUGAAGGAUUCACGAGAACAAGCUGGUCUGUUUGAAACCUGCAAAUGGGAUACUUCAUCUAGAUAGUCCGGGACACUGAGCACGAGUACAGCGAUGAUAAUUGAGACAAACUUCUUUACAUUUGAGCUUCAGUGGAAAAUUCGUUGGCGUAUUUUCGCUAUGUCAUAUUCUAGCAUGUCAUGACGUCUGGGUCUAACAUAAAUAUGCCCUGGUUCCAGUUUUAUCACUCGCAAAGUGCAUACGCGUAUCGCAGAUCAGCACGUGGGCGAACAAACGAGGACGAGGCUUACAAACUGGCUACACCGAUGCCUUUCAGAUCAUUGCUUAGAAACAUUCUAUUCGCUGAUUCCAAGAUAAUAAGUCUUAUUGGUUUAGUGUGGGUAGCUCACCACAAAGGUCUAAUCCUAAAAAAAAUGCGGAUUGACUCGCAGUAUCUUGCGGAAAUAUGCGGAUUGACUCGCAGACGUUACAGGAGCAUCCCGCAAUUCUCCUGUAACGUCUAAAUUAUCGACGUCGGCGUUUGUCACAGCGGCGUGAUUUGAAAAGCUGGCCCCGUCCAAUAACUUCGGCAAAUCUCAUUUGUUUUCGCGUGAUCUUCCGCAAAUGAAAUACCCUUGGAAUAAUAGAUGGUUUUCCUCUAAUAAGGCAUCAGUGUCGGUUACAAGAUUAGGAUGCCGAAUCCCCCCAUUUAACUUUUGCCUUCACCGAAUGGUCUGGCUGAGUCACUUUUAUGCCUUCUCUUUAAUGAGAGUAAAUGCCUGGGUCAUUUGUUUUUGACAUUACGAAGGUUUAAAAUUCGAAGAGCAAGAAGUGCCCCGAGAGAUGAGCUUGAAUUUGUCACUUCUGGUGGUUCUUUCAUUUGGUGCUACAUACUAGGUUUUAGCCACUGGGGCGUUCGUGACACUGUAUGCAGUUUUCUACGGCAGAUAAAAAUAAUUGAAUGUUAAGAGUACCUAAAUUCCGUUUGUUUUUCAGCGGUUUCAUUUUCGAUGCUUUACUGUUAUAUGUUUUGUUUUUAAUUUGAUUUUGGUUUAUUCCUAUUAAAAAUGAGUUACUGAAAGUCUGUUGAUUUCGGAAGGUAUACAUUUGAUAAAGCUAUUUAGUUCCUAAUGAAGUCAACGUACGAUUCAUGGCCAAUCCCAUGCGGGGUAGGUCGCGCCGAGUGACUGAGGAACAAACUAGCAAGCUUAGUUGGUGUACCUUGCACCCAUACGGCGAGUCUUCCGUAAAUGUAAUAAAGUUAACAUACUCAUAUACGAUGCAGAACUGCCCGAUGCUGCCUUCAGUGCAUGGUGCCGCUCGAAGUCUCGCAUCAGUAGAGCGCAGUAUCAAAAGCACAAGAAUCAUCGUGCCUGUCCAAUCAUUGCAUUAAAAUCAAAGAAGAAUCGUCAAGUAUGUUAUGUUUCUUCGCAUGACAGAAAAUUGCUUUACAGAAGAUAGUGUACUAAACAGAAAGGGACUCGGGAUCUCAGCUUUUGUAGUCGAUAUGCGUGAUUUGGGAUAGCUCGGUGCACGCAUGCUCGAUGAUUGCGUACAUUCGCCACUGAUUGCACUGGGCAUUGCCUGGAUUCCGCAGUUUUUUUAUUCCUUGUUAGGUUUCUGUAACCAUACGGCUAACAUUGCAAGGACUGCAAUAAAGAGCAGUGACUUAAUUGUUAACGACAUGCGAGUGUUUGGAAUUGUCAAGCAGAAGAACAGUACGGCUUUCCAAGUAGUUCACUAUGCUUAUUUCAUGGUUUCAGUUCUUUUAGAAGAGCUUGUAGUACAGCAAACCUGUUUUACCAGAACGAUUUUUUUUGCCUUUCCGCCAUUCGUCAUUGGCUCCGGCGAACCUAUGCUGCAGUAAUUGUUACGUUCACCCACUCGACGCAAUGCAGGUGUCAGAACGGAACCAAAUCUUUAAUAAAAGUGGCGCUUUAUAAGCUGCAUUUUGAAAGUGCGUAUAAGCGUUGAUUCUAGUGAAUUCUAUCCGCUAAGGAACAUCCUAGCAAAAAUAAGUGACGCAGGAAGUGUGACUAUGCUCCACGCCUUUCAAUCGAAGUUUGUAGAUUGGUUCGAGGAGGUGUAAUAUUAGUAAUUCAGAAAUUUCAAAAACGAGCUUGCAUGAAGACAGAAUCCUGCAUUAAAUUGUGAAUCGACAGCCUUCGUUAACAUCAGGACGUAUGUUGGGCAACUAUUUCAGCGACAUAAAAUACUGAUGGCGUCAAGCAAUCGAUGCCAUUUGGUCGAACAAGUUUUUUACCUUCCCUGAGAAUCUUCUGUGCACUAGCACUUUUUGAAUGAUAGUUGGAUCUUGCGCAAUCGAAACAUGCAUGUGUACGGCCAUAGCUCGAAGAGAGCAUCGACGCUGGAUAUCGCUUCGCAACCUGCCUAUAGGUGUCACUGCAGGCAAAAUUCGCAAAACAAAUUAGGGCUUAAGGAAUUCAUAAAAAAUAAAUAAAAUCAUU